AUGGAUCCCAUCGGCAUCAUAACGGGUGUUGUUGACCUUUUCGGCGUUGCCCGCCAGAUUCAAGGGCUCGUGGAAAAGUACAAGAAUGCCCCCCAGGCUGUACACGAGAUCAUCGCCGAGUGCAACUGGACGAGAGUUCUGUGUCUCAACUUGAAAGAGCAUGUCUCACAGACCGACGCUCUCAAGAACCCGAGAAAAAACAGCAUUGAGUGUACGAUGCGGCAGCUUUUUGAUACGUGCAUGGAGAACAUGGAGAAAACGCUGAAAGAAUUGGACAAAGAAGUCAGCAAGGUACAGAGCAAAAGCAAUUCGCGCAUGGGAAAGUGGGAUAAGACGAAGUUCUUAUGGAAAGAGGAGAUAUUUUCAGAUGCUGCGCAAAGUGUCCAAGCCCAAAAAGCCAACCUUGGCAUCAUGAUGCAAGCAUUGCAAGCGUAUGGGGUCAACAAUAUUGAGGGGACGCUUAAACUAAUCCUGGAUCAAUUGUUGAAAAGCCAAAUCGCCGCCUCAAGGUCUACGCCUCAACUGGGUCUACAGCCGCCACCGGAGCUGAAGAAGAGUAGAUCGGAUACUCAGAUUAACACAACAGGCAAGCGAUUUGCCGAUGAUCUGUUCAAUGCAGUCCGAGGAGGGAGACUUGAGGACCUUGAGCCCAUUUUGGCCCAAGGCGCCUCCGUAAACAUAGCUCUAGGAGACCGCGGUGACCGAGCCGUACACGUCGCUGCUCGCGAGGGAUUUCUGCUCGUCUUGGACCGAAUUAUUGCUUCCGGAGCAGACGUUAAUGUCCAGAACACGGCCCAAGAUACAGCUUUGCAUCAAGCGCUCAACCGAAGACAGAUUCCCACUUCGCUGGCGCUGUUGUCGAGCGGGGCCAGUUGGAAGAUCAGGAAUGCCAAUGGGACCACGGUCCUACACACAGCCGUGAGGAUUUCUGCAUAUAUUGUUGUGCAGUACUUGCUCGAUAAGGGGGCAGACCCAAAUGCUCGAGACAAAUGGGGUCAGACUCCCCUUUUCAAGGCGUGCCAUCCCGCAGACAAGGAUGGCAAAAGGGCCAAUGUCGACCUGAAAACAAUCCGCUUGCUCGUCGAGCGAGGUGCCGAUCCGACGCUUGGGGCUUGGAAAAACGGCAGCACUCCAAUCCACGAGCUUGCCUCGAGUGGGCACGCGAAGGAGCUCGAGAUCAUGACCAAGGCGGCAAAGACACUCGAACUACCGCUGUCGGGAGACGCUCAGGGUCGAACGCCGCUACUCAUCGCUGUCAGAAAGAAGCACUCAGACGCCAUAGACGUUCUGAUCAAGUAUAAAGCCAACGUAAACGCGAGAGAGACUUCCAAGGACAACACGGUCCCGACUGCUCUGUGGCACGCCGCAUGGAAUCCGGACCUGAGUAUCGCGACAAAGCUUCUCGAGGCUGGCGCGGAUCCCAACGCAAAAGGCAACGAUAUAACGAUUCUCCAUCUUGCGGCGACGCAGCAUUGGCUGGAGCUGGCCAAGCUAUUGGUCAAAUACAAGGCCGAUCUAAAUGCCAAGUCAUCUAGCAAGGAUACACCUCUCCACGCGGCAGUAUGGGCCAAGGACUUCCUGAUAACCCGGCUUAUGCUAGAGAAUGGGGCCAAAGUAGAGGCGAAGGGGAGCAGCAAAGCGACUCCGAUCAUGGCGGCUGCCCAGAUCGGCUCGCUACCCAUGGUAAGGCUCCUGCUUAAGCACGGAGCUCAGUGGUCAUACACAACGCCUCAAGGGACGAAUGCGUUCAUAUGGGCAUUGAGUGGCGGAAGCGCCGUCUGCGCGAGCUUCUUUCUUGGCUGUGGCCACGAUUUGGAUCAGAAGGCAGAUGGGGAUUACACUGCGUUACACUAUGCGGCGAGGACAGGCAAGAUGGAGUGCGUCAAGUUACUUCUAGAUCUGGGCAUCGAUAAGCAGGUCAUGCCGACGAAGAUGAGGGUACCUUUCAAGGUCAAGGGAACAGCAGCUGAAGUUGCAAGGGCGCAUGGGGCUGUUGAAGUGGCCGAGUUCAUUGAGCGAUACAGAAGCGAGUAG